AUGUUACAGGGCACUCCCCAACUUCAAAGGUUAACAAUCGCAAUGAAGCGUUCCUUCUUUGUCCGCCACGGAUGGAAGAUCGUCCUGAUCGCCGCCAUCGGGUUGCCGGUAUUCUUCGGCGGGGCACGUCGUGCCAUGCUGAGCAAUCGCAACGACGUCAAAGAAUGGCUGCCGGCGAACUUUCAAGAAACCAAGGACCUGCAAUGGUUCCAGGAACACUUCCCGGGCGAAGAGUUCAUCCUGGCCAGUUGGGAAGGCUGCACGCUCGACGACCCUCGUAUCGAGCAACUGAUUGAAGCUGUCGACGGCGAGGGGGCGAGCACAGCAGAGCUAUUCUCUCGCGUGGUUAGUGGCCCCCGCAUUCUCGAGCAACUUACAACUCCACCAGUCGAACUGGAGCGAGAAGCCGCAAUCGAUCGCCUGGUCGGGUCGGUCAUUGGGCCCGAUCGGGAACACACCUGUGUGGUGUUCACUUUGAGCGAGACGGGUGCUGCAGACCUGAAGGGGUCGGUCGAAGCGAUCAUCAGUGCGGCGGAUCAGACAUGCGGCAUUUCGUACGACGAACUGCACAUGGGCGGCCCUCCGGUCGACAAUCGCCACAUUGACCACGAAGGCGAACGAAUGCUGAUCCGCUUGGGCACCUUCGCCGGGCUGAUCGGUCUGGUCCUGGCGUGGCGCUGCCUGCGGAGCUUCAAGCUCACGCUGAUGGUUUUUGUGAUCGCUCUCUACGGCGCAGCGAUUAGCCUCGCGUUGAUGAAGUUCACCGGUGCUACCGUUAGUGCUGUCGUGCUGACGAUGCCGGCCUUGGUUUAUGUACUGGGAAUCUCGGGCGCGAUCCAUAUUGUGAAUUACUAUCGUGACGCCUUGGAGCACAGCGAUACCACGACGGCACCAACUCUGGCCGUGGCUCACGGUUGGCUCCCCUGCACGAUCGCUGCAAGCACCACAGCUAUCGGGUUGGGCUCACUGUGCAUUAGCGACAUUUCUCCGAUCAAAACCUUUGGACUUUACUCGGCCCUGGGAGUAAUCAGCAGCUUGCUGUUGGUGUUGUUCGUUCUGCCGGCCAUGCUGCAACUGUGGCCCGUGGUCACGCCCACGGCGAACCCAUCGCUCAGUCCUUCAACAGGACGCCUUCACCGUUUCCGCCAGUGGAUGUUCCAAGGGGUGAUCAACCACUAUCGCAUCGUGACUGUAAGUUGCCUCGCCUUGCUGCUGGUCACCGGCUACGGGCUGACGAAGAUGAAAACUACGGUAAUGCUUACCAAGCUCUUCUCUGAAGACCAUCGCAUCAUCAGCGACUAUCGCUUUCUCGAGGAAAACCUGGGUGAGCUGAUCCCGAUGGAGGUCGUCCUGCGGGUCGACAAAGAGAAUUGCUCGCUCACGUUUCUGGAGCGGAUGCAGUUAGUCACCGAAAUCCGAGAGGAGUUGGAGAAGCUCGAAGACGUGGGCGGCACGCUGGCCACGCCAACGUUCUCACCGGAACUGGAAAGCCUGGCACCGGAACCUCGCCGUCGCCGCGGGGGAAUUGGCGGAGCCAUGCAGGCCGUCCUGGGACUCAACAACCGUGAACGCAUCGAGAACAACAUCCGCAACAAACGACUGCUGGAGCAUCGCGAGGAGUUCUUGAACGGUGACUUCCUUAGCGAAACUGAGGAUGAAGAACUGUGGCGGAUCAGUGCUCGCAUCGGGGCGUUGAACGACGUGGACUACGGCCUGUUCGUCGAUACGAUCCACGAGCAAGUCGAACCCGUGUUGGCCGCUCAACGUGCUAACGGAAUCGAGGGGCUAGAUGUCACGUACACCGGCGUGAUCCCGUUGGUUUACAAGAGCCAGCGGACGCUACUGGACAACUUGUUCGAAAGUUUCGGUUCCGCCUUCGGGUUGAUCGCCAUCGUGAUGAUGAUCGUGCUUCGCAACCCGGUGGCAGGACUGGUGGCGAUGAUUCCAAACGUUUUCCCCGCUGUUGUGGUAUUCGGCGGCAUGUGCCUGCUGGGCAUGGAUAUCGACAUCGGAUCGAUGAUGUGUGCCAGUGUGGCCUUGGGCGUUGGGGUGGACGACACAAUCCAUUUCCUCACCUGGUUCCGCCGGGGUCUCGAUGCCACGGGUGAUCGCUGCAAGGCAAUCAUGCUCGCCUACGAACGCUGUGCUACCCCCAUGACGCAGACCACAAUCAUCAGUGGCCUAGGGCUUUCGGUAUUCGCGUUGAGCACCUUCAUGCCAACCCAGCGGUUCGGCUACCUGAUGGUCACGUUACUUACCGCAGCCCUGAUAGGCGACUUGUUGCUUCUGCCCGCCAUGCUCGCUGGCACCCUGGGUCGGCUGUUUGAUCGCAAGGGCAAAAAGCAAGAGGCGGCCGACACCGCGGCGAAGGCCGAGUUGCUCGAAGGAAAGGGUCCCACGCCGGCUGCACAAGGGGCUACUGGCAAACCACGCAAAGAUGAUUCGCGCGAGACCGUCUUGCACUAA